CCAAGAUGGCGGCGCUGGGGCUGCUGCUGCAGGCGGCGGGGCCGCUCCGCCUGUGCCGCCCGGCCCGCGGGCCCUGCGCGGCCCCCCGCGCUCUCUGCUGCGCGCCCAACGGCCCCGCCGCGCCCCGCCGCGACGAGGAGGACGAGGAGGAGCCGGAGGCGGCGCAGGAUUCCAGAGACUUAUUAAAGGAAUUUCCACAGCCUAAAAACUUGCUCAACAGUGUGAUUGGACGAGCCCUGGGCAUUUCCCAUGCAAGGGACAAGCUGGUCUACAUCCACACCAAUGGGCCAAGGAAAAAGAAAGUCACUCUGCACAUCAAGUGGCCCAAGAACGUGGAGGUGGAGGGCUAUGGGACCAAGAAGAUCGACGCGGAGCGGCAGGCGGCUGCCGCGGCCUGUCAGCUCUUCAAGGGCUGGGGGUUGCUGGGCCCCCGGAACGAGCUCUUUGACGCUGCCAAGUACCGGCUCCUGGCGGACCAGCUGGGCUGUCCCGACGAGCGCUGGUGCUCCGAGGGCAAGUGGCGCUCCAAGUCCGGGCCCUCCCUCGCCGACCUGUCCACCUGCUGGCGCCGCAUGGAGCCCGACGACUCCAUCCAGCCCAUGGAGCAGGGCAGGAUGCCUAAAGCCAUGAGGAGGGAGGAGCUGGAGGAAGGGGAGCUGGAGGAAGGAGAGCUGGAGGAGGGGGAGCUGGAGGAGGAGGCGAUCGAUGUCUCGCACACAGGGGCAUUUGUACAUCACCUGUUCCCAUCUCCCUGCAGCCGAGGAGGGAGUUCCAUUGAAAUGACCGACGACAACACUGCCAUCCGUGCCCUGACACAGUUCCCACUGCCCAAAAACCUCCUGGCCCAAGUGAUUCAGAUUGCAACCUCUUCCUCCACAGUCAAGGAGUACAUGCAGUUCCGCACGGUGGGCACCAAGACCAAGAUCUGCAAGCUGAGCCUGCGCUGGCCCUGCCCCAUGACCUUCGCUGCCAAGGGCCGGCGCAAGGUGGAGGCAGAAAACAAAGCAGCAGCUCUGGCCUGUCAGAAGCUGAAGAGCCUUGGCUUGGUGGACAAGAACAACAACCCCCUGAGCCAUGCCAUGUACAACAUGACCUCCCUGCGGGAGCUGGGGGAGAACCAGAGGAAGCCCUGCCACAUCAAAGUCCCCGAGGCCACCCUGCGCAAGAUCGAGAACUACCUGAACCACUAUCCCGUGGACAUCAGGGAGUCCCGGCCCCGGAUUGCUGAUGACAUGAUGAACCUGACCAAGGAAUCGGGUGCGAUAAGCGACGCCAUCACGGGGAAGACCUACAUCCCCAUGCUGGAGGCAGAGGAAGUGCGCCUUAGCCAGAACCUCCUGGCCCUCUGGAAAAGGAGAGGAGCCUCCUGGCAGGAGAGCCACCCGCUGCCAGUAGACCCCCACAAGGACACCAUCCUGUCAGCCAUCGAGCAGAACCCCGUGGUGGUAAUAGCAGGAGACACCGGCUGUGGGAAGACCACGCGGAUCCCGCAGCUGCUGCUGGAACACUACAUCCUGGAGGGCCGUGGCGCCCGCUGCAACGUGGUGAUCACCCAGCCCCGCAGGAUCAGCGCCAUCUCCGUGGCCCAGCGCGUGGCACAGGAGCUGGGGCCCAACAUGAGGAAGAACGUGGGCUACCAGGUGCGGCUGGAGAGCAAACCCCCCGCCCGGGGAGGGGCCCUGCUCUUCUGCACCGUGGGCAUCCUGCUCAGGAAGCUGCAGGGCAACCCCAGCCUGGAGGGCGUCAGCCACGUCGUGGUGGACGAGGUGCACGAGCGAGACGUCAACACCGACUUCCUGCUCAUCCUGCUCAAAGGCAUCCAGAAGCUGAACCCCGACCUGCGCCUGGUCCUCAUGAGCGCCACGGGGGACAACCAGCGCUUCUCCCACUACUUUGGGGACUGCCCUGUGGUCAAGGUGCCGGGCUUCAUGUACCCAGUGAAGGAAUACUACCUGGAGGAGAUCCUGGCCAAGCUGGGCCGGCACCGACACCGGCACUACGAGAUCAAGCAAUCUGAUGAUGAGUGUGUGCUGGAUCUCGACCUGAUCACCGACCUCGUGCUCCAGAUUGAUGCGCACGGAGAGCCAGGUGGGAUCCUCUGCUUCCUCCCUGGCUGGCAGGAGAUCAAAGGGGUGCAGCAGCGGCUGCUGGAGAUGCUGGGCUCGCAGAACAGCCGGUACCUCGUCCUGCCAGUGCACUCCAACAUCCCCAUGAUGGACCAGCAGAACAUCUUCCAGAGGCCUCCUCCUGGCGUCAGGAAGAUCGUCCUGGCCACCAACAUCGCAGAGACCUCCAUCACCAUCAACGACAUCGUGCACGUGGUGGACAGUGGCACGCACAAGGAGGAGCGCUACGACCUCAAGACCAAGGUGUCCUGCCUGGAGACGGUGUGGGUGUCCAAGUCGAACGUGGUGCAGCGGCGGGGCCGCGCCGGCCGCUGCCAGUCGGGCUUUGCCUACCACCUGUUCCCUCGCAGCCGCCUGGACAAGAUGCCAACUUACCAGGUGCCAGAGAUCCUGCGCACCCCCCUGGAGAACCUGGUGGUGCAGGCCAAGAUCCACAUGCCGGAGAAGACGGCAGUUGAAUUUCUCUCCAAGGCUCUGGACAGCCCUGACAUCAAAGCUGUGGAUGAAGCUGUGAUCUUGCUGCAGGAGAUCGGAGUGCUGGACCAGCGGGAGGCCCUCACCACCCUGGGCAAGCGGCUGGCCCAGAUCUCCACGGACCCUCGGCUGGCCAAGGCCAUUGUCCUGGCCUCCAUCUACCGCUGCCUGCACCCCCUGCUCGUCAUCGUGUCCUGCCUCACGCGGGACCCCUUCAGCAGCAGCCUGCAGAACCGCGCCGAGGUGGACAAGGCCAAGGCCGUGCUGAGCCGGGAGAGCGGCAGCGACCACCUGGCCUUCGUGAGGGCCGUGGCCGGCUGGGAGGAGGUGCUGAGGCGCAGGGACAGCCGUGCCAGGGACAACUACCUGCAGGACUACUACCUGUACGGGCCCAGCCUGCGCUUCAUCAACGGCCUUGUCAAGCAGUUCUCUGAGAACCUCUACGAAGCCUUCCUGGUGUCAUCCCCGUCUGAUUGUACCAUGCCAUCAUCCGUGUGUAACCAGUACAGUGAGGAGGAGGAACUGGUCAAGGGAGUCCUCAUGGCUGGGCUCUACCCCAACCUCAUCCAGGUGAGACAAGGCAAAGUGACCCGCCAGGGGAAGUUCAAGCCCAACAGCUACGCGUACCGGACAAAGGCCGGCACCGUCCUGCUGCACAAGUCAACCAUCAACAGGGAGGCGUCCAAGCUGUACAGCCGCUGGCUCACCUACUUCAUGGCCGUCAAGUCCAACGGCGGCGUGUUCGUGCGGGACUCGUCCCAGGUGCACCCGCUGGCCGUGCUGCUCAUGACCGACACCGACAUCCACGUCCGAGAUGACGGCUGGAGAGCCACGGUGUCCCUGACGGACAGCGACCUCCUGGUGCUGGAGGGGGACUCCUACACCAUCCGCCUGCUGCGCGACUUCCGCGUGUCCCUGUCCAAGAUGGUGGAGACGUGCCUGUGCUACGAGAUGGCCGCGAUCCCCGGGGACCUGCACCACCAGCACAGCCAACUGCUCGACAUCCUGGUGGAUCUGCUCAAGGGCCCUCCCGGCAGCUUCGGCUCGUAGGCGGAGCUGCAGGCUCCUGUGGGGACUUGUAAUUUGUAUAAAGAUGUUCACAAAUGUUUAUUUAAAUAAAGUUCUAUUUAUCCCUUGUGAAGUCAUCUCUCUCCAUCCUAGAAGAUUAAUGUUGUCUGAAUCUCCUGCUGUCGGCUCCGUGCAUGGUCACCGCGUGGGAAGAGCAGCGGGAAUGGACUGGGAGUGCCGAUGGACCCGAGCUGCGUGGACACCCACCCGCCUCCUCCGUGCCCAGCGCCGUCCCUGAUGGGAAUGAGGACACGGCUCCCGGGGCCGUCCCGCGCCCCCUCCCCACGGGGCCGGGCUGGAGCCGCUCCGCUGCCAGAGCUCCUCCGGGCUCACCACGAGGACGGAUCCGUGCCAGGCCGAGCCUGGAUCCAGCAGCUCCGGCGCAGGGAUCGCCGUCUCUCCACUCUCCACGUGCCCCGGAGGGGAGGAAGCCCCGAAGGCGCCGGAUGGAGGUGACAUUCCAUGGGGAUCUCCGAGCCUGCCAGCGGGGCCCUGCCAGCCCUGGGUCGUGGCGUCACGAGUGUGAGAUGUGGCUCGUCCUUCCCAACCUGCCUGUACUUCUCGUCCUCUUGCGUUGUUACUAUGAUUUUUUUUUAACUUUCCCGCUCUCCCCCCGUCGAGGGGGCCGAUCCCUGUCACUUGUGCACACGGGACGUGAUUGUAGCUGCCGGGCUGCCCGCGGGACGCCGGGAGCGCAGGCACAGACCUUUGUUUUCUACGAACAGGGACCAUAUUUCCGUGGAAGGAGGAUUGCGACAGGCACAGCACUCAACGAGGAGUCUGGAGUUUAAUCCCAGCUUUGCCUUGGACUCUCUGUCCGUAAGACAGUGACCUACCUCACAGGGCUGUUGUGAGGCUUCGCUGGUGUUUGUACCGGGAGGGACUCGGGGCGCGAGGGCUGUGCCCCCGGCGCUGGAGGGGCCCGCGGGCCUGGGGUCAUUCCUUUUUAUUCCCAUUUCUUAUGCUCUUUGUAUCUGCAGCAGAGGUGGUGGGCUCUGAGGGCCCCGAGGGCCCAGCCGGGCGCUGCUCCGGGCAGGGGGAGCGAGGCCGUUCCUGCCCCUGGAACAGCAGCAGAGCAGCCCCGGGGCCCCCCUUUGGUUCUCCCAGUUCUCUGAUUUAAUUUACUGCUCAUGGGCUUUAAGGCACUGUGCCCUCUGUGCCAGCACAAGGGGCCCUCGGAGUCCUGCAGCCUGGGGUCACUCAAAACUUCUCAUCUUCAUUUCACUUGCUUGAGGUUGUCACUAUUAUUUGACCAGUGUUUGUUUCUUUUGGCCUGUAUAAUGGGCAGUAUGGUUUUCCCUUCCAGCAGGUUUAAAAAAAAGCAAAAAAGCAAAAAAAAAAAGACUAAGCUAUUGUCUAAAUGGUUCCGAACUAGUGUGAUAUUGGGAUACUUCCGUGGCUGUUAUGUGAUACUGGAUCUUUUUACAACAUAGAUUAAAGACAAUAAAAAGGGAUAGAGUAGGAA